UAGCAAUAUAAUUGCAUCCACCUAUAAAGGAGUGGCUAGAUCUAGAAUUAAAGGAGCAUUAAAGAUAUUUGCUAUUUUGAGUGGAUUUAUACAUUUUUAACAAGCUCAGUCAAAGCUAGUAGGAAGUCCAGGCAAAAUUUCAUUCAUACGAAAGAACCUAACAGAACAGUAGUCUCCAUUUUUGUCUUGUCCACAAAACCCAGUUUGUGUGCAAGAUUUAUUCUGAAAUUUCUAUAAUUCGGUUUUAAUUUCUGGUAUCUUAAACAUGGCUUCCAAUGAAAAGCAGUCUUUUUCAAUGGAACCAGAUCCAUUUGAUGAAAUUUUUCUAUCAGAAGAAAAAGCUGAAAGGGCUGGAUACGAGGAAGGAUAUGAGGCUGGUAGAAAGAAAGGAUUGAGUGAUGGAUAUGAUAUUGGCUAUAAGGAAGGAGAAGGAAUUGGAGAAGAGAUUGGUUUUUAUUUGGGAUUUGGUAGUACGUGGGUCUCAUUGUUACGGCAAGAGGAAGAGACGAAAAGAAAGGACAGAGAGAAAAUCACCAAAGUCUUGUUAUCAUUCGUUGAAUGUGUGAAGGAAUUUCCUGUACUGGAAGUUGAGUUAAAAGAUUAUAUGGAGAAAUUAAAACAAAUAAGAGCACAAUAUAGACAAGUUAGUGAACACAAUAUAACAAUGACAAGAAUUAUUAGCGAUACUUGUAUAGAUAUUAUCAAUAUUGAAAUUGAAAAUGGAAACAGAGACAACAGAGGGAAAGAAAUCACUUAAUUUUUGAGCCAACAAAAAAACAAUAACAAUUUUGAAAACAUGAUAAUAAUUUAAUGGAAAAUAUCACAACUCGAAAAUAAUAAUAAUAAUAAUAAUAAUAAUAAUAAUAAUAAUAAUAAUAAUAAUAAUAAUAAUAGUGAUUAUAAGGUCACAGUAAUACUA